ACACAUUCUGUCUGCUUUCUUUGCGUUUCUGUCAUUCUGUCUAUUUUAGUUUCUCUUCUAUUAGAAUUUAGGUCAUUUCCCCCUUAUAAUCUGUCCAUCUUCUCCUAAUUUUGUGUAUAUUCUCUCAUUAUCUGACAGUCUGGCUUCAUUCAUUACACAUUUUACUUUAUAACCUGAUGCGAUUUGGUGGUAUCUGAUGGAGUCAAGGCAUCAUGGACCUCGACCUCUAAGACCCACAAGUCCAGUCAUGCCUUUCGUAGGAUGGCCGCACACAAAUGGAUGUGUAGCACCUGGAGGCUCUGGUCGCAUCCUGCUGCAUGAGAUGCUUUGGCAGCUGGAGCAAAGAGCACUUCAGUUUCAAGAGGAGGAGAUCCAGUAUUGCAUCUCGCGUGGCAUUCUGGGAUACCGGCAUCGCCCAGCAUACCCAAACCUGCUUGCUCUUAUACCUGCUUCUGAACACCGGCAGCUCGAGCGGCUCUGUGGUCGAAUUCCACCCUCACACACCGCCAUUGUACUUGCCAGGCUCCGUGAUCUUUUGGCACACAAUGACAUUCCUCCCUGGGAACUGGUGAGUGUCUUCAAGCAAGUUCUGAAGGAGUUCCUGAGGAGACACGAAGAUGACAUGCAGAGACGUCCAGGUCCUUCAGCUCCACCAACCUUCCUCUGCACUCCCAGUUCACCUGUAAAGAGUAAUGAUAGAAAUCACAUGGCUGGCAAUGCAUCUAAUGCUCUAUCAGAGGAGUCAGGGAAGCACAGGGAGGAAAUUCCUACUAUUUCCAGCUAUGUGGAUAAACAUCUGCAUUCUGCCUGUCCAUACUCGAUCCACAGAGAUUGGAGUCUGCCCUUUUGCCAUCCUUUUGCCUACGAGGCCUACAGCACCACAUUGUGAGACACUUAGAAAAGUUCAAAACAAAAUCAAUUUUGGUGAAUUUCUUGUGAAUCUAAUUGUACUUGUUUAAAUUAAACUGAUUAAAAGUGAGAAAAUUAGUUGCAAAGUUCAAAUUUGGAAAAGGAGCCUUAGAAAUGAUCUUUUUGUACUUGUUGAAUGAGAUAAAAACAGUUGAGUUUUUAAUUUUAAAUAGCACCAACACCAGUAAUUAUAAUUUUAGACAAUU